AUGACAACUCACGACUCCCAAAUAAUCAUCGUCGGCGCAGGGGUUUUCGGGCUUAGCACAGCUUUACACCUCGUUAGAGGGGGUUAUAAGAGCGUUACUGUCUUUGACAAAUGCGCGUAUGAGAAAACAGUCUACAAUCCGGCGAAUGAAGGUUGUGACGGCGCGUCCUGCGACAUAAAUAAGAUCUUUCGGACUACAUAUGAAAACAAAACUCACUCGCAAAACCUUGCUGUGGAAGCACGUGACAUCUGGCUUAAAUGGAACGAGCAAAUUAGAAAGAGCAAACAGUCUGACUUGCCACCGCCAUUAGCGCCCAGUGAUGAACUUUUAGUUCGCUGUGGCGUUUUUCGACUUGCUGAUACAGCCCAUUUGCAUCCGCGGUACGCGACUGAUUUGGCUGUAACACAAGAAUCUCAGCCUUCAUUUCGCGAGUACAUGUAUGUUAAAAAUGACGCUAUUGACGAAGAGCGAAUUUCAAAACGAGGUCUACAAUGGCAUAGCAAGUUUCAUCUUUUUGAUCGCGUCAGGAAUGGCAACGUGAGUGGGUUUCUCGACACAGAAGCUGGGUUCACAAUUGCAGACAAGUCCUGCGUCUAUGCUCAGUAUUUGUGCAAGAAAGAAGGCGUAAAAUUUGUUUUGGGUGCUCCUCAGGGCUAUUUGGAAACCCUGGUUAUUGAACAAUCAUCCUCCCAAAAGCGCGUAAAGGGCAUUAAAACGCGCGAUGGCCUAACUCACUGCGCAGAUGUCGUCAUUGUGGCUUGCGGCUCUUGGACCGCCUCGGUCAUUCCUGAAGCUCAUCGCAGUGUUGAAGCGACUAUGGGGACUCUGAUGUUUGUUGAUAUCCCCCCUGACCGCCAAGACCUUCGCAACAGGUUCCACCCAAAUAACUUUCCCGUUUGGCGCUUCAUUCAGGGUGACAGCAACGGCGGCUACGAAGGUGGCGGAUUUCCCAUUACCUCUGAGGGUAGGCUCAAGUUUGGCUUCCGCGCUCGCAAGUUUACCAACUUCGAAGAGCAUCCUUUGAAUCCGGGCCUCCGUAUUUCAACGCCUCGUACCAGAUGGAGCCCCAAUCCGAUUUAUACCGUGCCGUCCUAUGGACUUGAGCGUAUGAAGAACGUUAUUGGAGAACUCUUUCCCGAGCUCACCGAUAUCGGAUUUACAGACAGUCGGCUAUGCUGGUACACCGACAGUAUUGACAAUGAGUUCGUGAUUGAUUACGUUCCUGGAUACUCAGAUACCCUGUUUAUCUGUACAGGUGGCUCGGGACAUGGCUUCAAAUUCUUGCCCAUUCUUGGCAAAUAUGUUAAAAAGCAAUUAGAACGGACACCUAACGUGUUCACACCCAUUUGGAAAUGGCGGACUGCUGAAAAAGGCAAAGCUGCUAAUGGGAUAGAGGAAGGAGAGAAUGGACCGCGAGAAAUGUCCAAGCUUAAGUUUGCCCAGCCUGAAGACUACAAGUGGGCACCAUCUGAGAUUGCUAAAGGGACAAUCUGGGAGAACCAAGUUGGAAAGAAUUCCUAG